AUGGCAGUGUACGGACAAGGAUUUCUUCUGGGUUUUCUUGUAUUUCUUGGAACGCAGCUUCUCCCUCUAAUAAUGGCAGAGUGCCCCUUAAAGUUGAGUGGAUCAAACAUUACUCUGGCCGCUUCCUUGUGCUCUAAUAACGAUGACAGAGGAAAGUGUUGCCGCUAUAUAAAUGCUUUCAUUGCUGUUUCUAUUGCUCAGUAUGCAAAUUCAACAAGCAACUUAGGGGUUCCUUCAAAUUUAUCUGACAUAUGCCUCCAUUCUAUAUCACAAACCUUAGAACUGUAUGGAGUUCCCCGAAAUGCAACAGCUUUCUGUGGGUUUGGGACAAAAAUUCCAGUAAAUUAUGAGUGUAAGGGCCGAACAACUGUCACACAGAUGCUGCGGUCUCCAAAAUUCAUUGAUGUCAUGGAAAAUUGCAAAGUACCACUUUCGGAGGAAAGUACUUGCAAGAAGUGUUUAAAUGCUGGCAUUGUUUAUCUUCAUCGUCUAUUAGGAACAGAAGAUAAUAUAACAUUGAGUACCUGCCGGGACGCAACUUUUGCUGCACUGGCUAGUCAAGUUGAUGAUGCUUCAGCUAUUGGCAUUGCAAGCUGUUUCUUUCAAGUCCAGGGGCUUAACAUCCUACCAGUUUCAGAGCCAUCCUCAUCAUCCACCCCAAAGGCUUCUCCGAGCCCUUUGGUUGCUUCUAGCCCAAGCCAACACUCGUUGGGUCUUCCCCUAAAUGAAAAACAUCAUUCCUACCACUUGACAAUGGUUCCAGGUAUUGGGAUUGCAGUAACAGCUGUCGCUGAAGGUGCUCCAUCUAUGUUCCGAAAAUUCAGCUACAAGGAAAUAAAGAAGGCGACGGAAACCUUCAACACGAUCAUUGGACGAGGGGGAUUUGGAACUGUGUACAAAGCUCACUUUAGUGAUGGUUUAGUGGCAGCAGUGAAGCGGAUGAACAAAGUUUCAGAGCAGGGGGAGCAUGAGUUCUGCAGAGAGAUAGUGCUCCUUGCCAGAUUGCAUCAUCGUCAUCUUGUUUCUCUAAGGGGUUUUUGCAGUGAGAAACAUGAGAGGUUUCUCAUGUAUGAAUACAUGGCAAAUGGUAGCUUGAAGGAUCAUCUUCACUCUUCAAAUAGAACUCCUCUAACUUGGCGGACUAGAGUCCAAAUUGCCAUUGAUGUGGCUAAUGCUCUGGAGUAUCUCCAUUUCUAUUGUGAUCCUCCUCUGUGCCAUAGAGAUAUUAAGUCCAGCAACAUCUUAUUGGAUGAGAGUUUUCGUGCCAAGGUUGCAGAUUUUGGCCUUGCGCAUGCUUCAAAAGAUGGUUCUAUUUGCUUUGAAGCGGUAAACACGGAUAUCCGGGGCACUCCAGGUUAUAUGGAUCCUGAGUAUGUGGUUACCCAAGAGCUGACGGAGAAAAGUGAUGUAUACAGCUAUGGUGUGCUACUGUUGGAGAUAGUGACUGCGAGACGAGCCAUACAAGACAACAGGAAUUUGGUAGAAUGGUCGCAAAAAUACAUGGCAUCAGAGUUAAGGCUACCUGAUCUAGUGGAUCCCAGUAUACGGGAUUCAGUUGAUCUGGAUCAGCUUCAGACUAUCAUGUCUGUUGUGAGAUGGUGCACCCAGAAAGAAGGCCGGGAUAGGCCUUCAAUUAAACAGGUGCUCAGGCUUUUGUAUGAGAGUUCAGAUCCAAUGUAUAGUGGAUUUCUAGCAGCUGUGGACGAUGAAGAGUACGAAGAGACUGAAGGACGGGGAAGGAAUAGUAAAGGGAAGAUGCAUAGGAAUGACAUGAUUUUUCACAGUGGGGAUGGAAGAUAUCUUGCUUCUUCUUCAAGUACAUCCAGGUCCUACUGUAGUAGAAGCUUCUUGCUAGAAAAUGGUUCCCCACAAUCCCCUCCAAAUAUUCCAUCCGUUUGA